AUGGACAUCACACCCAUUUUCAACCAGGUGCUGGUGAAGCACGAUGCACAGCCAGUCGAGCCCUACGUUUUCCGCGUUGAGGAUCUAGACGAGUUUCUGAAGGAAGCAUACCGCAUUGUAGGCCACGUUGCGCGUCGCAUAUCUGACAAGGAUAGCAAAUACCUCACGGAUGUUGAGCGCACUGAGAUUGACGCCUCUGCAAAGCAGUCUCUGCGCGAGCUGAACUAUGCGAUCAACACUCUCCGCGAUGCCGAACAGAUACGACAAACCACGCAGACGCAAGUUGCGUUGCGAAAGCGGGCAAAGCAGGGCCUAGGCGCAUUGGGACGAUGGGCAGCUGGCGGGGCUAUAACAGCGAAGAGCGUCGAAGAGGAGCUUGAGGAAGCCAAGGCAAACACAGUUCAAGCACAUCGAGAGAGCAUCAUCUGGUCACUGCAGAAUCAAUUAGAGGAAUGUGGCCGCUUUCAGAGCUCCAUGAUGGAGAUUAGGCUGAUGCGGGAGGUGGAGAAGAGCAAGAGCGUGCUGUACAAGACUAGAGCAUCAGGUCCGACAACGAACGACUACAGCGGUAUGAAUGGCAGCGCGGCGGGCUCAGCCGAUUACCGUGGAAAGACAAGCUACGCGCAAGAAGAGUCGAACGGUGCCAUCGAGCAGCAGCUUGACCCUGAGCAACUGCAGCUAUUCGCGCAGGAAAACCAGGACAUGCUGAAGGAAUACGAAGAUCAGCUGGACAAGUCCAGUGCAACCGAAAAGUCGCUGCUUGAGAUCUCGGAGCUGCAGACAACACUUGCAAACAACCUGAGCGUGCAGGCGGCGCACAUUGACCAGCUGGUGGAGGACUCGUUCAACACGACGGAUAACGUCGGCAGUGGAAAUAAGGAGCUCAAGCGGGCGACGGAGAGAAGGAGCACGGCACAGAUGGUAUUUUGGUCGACCAAGUUGACGGCAAGCGCUGUGGGGAUGGCGGCGGAAGAGACCCACCGUGUCGCAUCGAGUCAGGGGUGCUUCACAUGGUGGCAUGGCUUUCUUGAGCUUCUGACAGAGAUGCGCAGCAUACUCUCUCAAAUCUCUACACAACUCGCACCAAUGGCUGCCACCGCCUUCGACGCCAAUGUCGUCCCCCAGGCGCCCGAAGACCCGCUCUUCGGACUAAUGGCCGCCUACCGCCGCGACAACGACCCCAAGAAGGUCGACUUGGGCAUUGGAGCUUACCGAGACAACAACGCAAAGCCCUGGAUCCUGCCCGUAGUCAAGAAGGCGGACGAGAUCCUCCGCAACGACCCCGACCUGAACCACGAGUAUCUGCCCAUCGCCGGUCUUGCAGACUUCACAAGCGCCUCACAGAAGCUCGUCCUGGGUGGCGACAGCCCCGCCAUCAAGGAGAAGCGCGUACCAGCUUACAGACCAUCUCCGGGACCGGUGCCGUCCACCUGGGCGCCCUCUUCCUCGCAAAGUUCUACAAGAAAGGCUCCCAGCGCCUCGCCUACUUCUCCGACCCGACAUGGGCGAACCACUUCCAGAUCUUCUCCAACGUCGGCCUCGAGUACAAGACAUACCCAUACUUCUCCAAGCAGACCAAGGGUCUUGACUUUGAUGGCAUGAUUAGCUCGUUGCAGGACGCUCCCGAGGGCAGCAUCAUCCUGCUACAUGCCUGCGCACACAACCCCACCGGCGUUGACCCUACGCAAGACCAGUGGAAGAAGAUUGCCGAGGUGAUUAGGUCGAAGAAGCACUUCCCCUUCUUUGACACGGCAUACCAGGGUUUCGCCUCGGGUGACUUGGCCCGCGAUGGCUGGGCGAUCCGGUACUUCAUCGAGCAGGGCUUCGAGCUCUGCAUCGCCCAGUCGUACGCGAAGAACUUUGGCCUGUACGGCGAGCGUGCCGGCUGCUUCCACUUCGUCACCUCGCCCUCCUCCGAUGCCGAGACCACCGUCAAGCGCAUAGCCUCCCAGCUCGCCAUCCUCCAGCGCUCCGAGAUCUCGAACCCUCCCGCAUACGGCGCCCGCAUCGCCUCGACCGUCCUCAACGACCCCAAGCUGUUCGCCGAGUGGGAAGCAAACCUGAGGGAGAUGUCCGGUCGCAUCAAGGAGAUGCGCACCGCGCUCCGCAGCAAGCUCGAGGAGCUCGGCACACCAGGCACGUGGAACCACAUCACCGACCAGAUCGGUAUGUUUAGUUUCACGGGCUUGACUGAGCAGCAGGUCUUGAAGAUCCGCGAGGAUGCGCAUGUCUAUAUGACCAAGAACGGCCGCAUCUCCAUGGCGGGUCUCAACACCAACAACGUCGAAUACUUUGCCAAGGCAGUCGACAAGGUCGUCAGGGAGACCCAGUAGGUGGUAUAUGCUACUGCUGGAGAUGACUGUGACGAGUGACGAACAUAUGCGAGCGGAAUGAACAUGAACAUAUCACCACUCAUCGGGUGUUUCAGCUCAAUUCAGAGAGUGAAUACAAAUUGGACAUGAUUGUAACGUGUAUACUGACUUUAUGGCUAUGUACAUAUUCCAAACGCACCAUCUAUCACGCAACUAACGUCGCUAUCUAUACCGACCCCACCAAUUAACCCCAAAGAAAAAGCGAAAGACAGUGGGUAUACAACAAAUGCACUCUCCCCUUCACCAGCAAGAUAAA